AGGUAUUGGCAGAGAAGGGUGGAGCACACUGAGUGUAGGUCAGUGGAGGGAUUGAUAGAGAGUGGUGGAGGACACUGAGUGGAGGGAUUGGCAGAAAGGGAUGGAAGACACUGAAUGGAGGCCAGUGGAGGGAUUGGCAGAGAAGGAUGGAAGACACUGAAUGGAAGCCAGUGGAGUGAUUGGCAGAGAGGGAUGGAGGACACUGAAUGGAGGCCAGUGGAGUGAUUGGCAGAGAGGGAUGGAGGACACUGAAUGGAGGCCAGUGGAGGGAUUGGCAGAGAGGGGUGGAGGACACUGAGUGGAGGCCAGUGGAGGGAUUGGCAGAGAGGGGUGGAGGACACUGAGUGGAGGCCAGUGGAGGGAUUGGCAGAGAGGGAAGGCAGAUACAGAACGAAGGCGGGGGAGGGGGCACAGGCUGGAGGGAAUAGUAUGAGCUCCGUUUUGGAAAGAUUGAGUUUGAGGAAGUGGAGUGAC